UCAAGGCAAAACAUGUGAUGAUGUACACAUGUCCAGUUGUGUUUGUGUCUCAGGGUGAUUUUCCACUGACGUAACCCAGCCGAUCUCCAAGUUCAGAGCUGCCAUCUCUGAGAUAGCAGCUGCUCUACCCUUCAUUAGCUCCGACUCGCCAUUUUUCCUGUCGAGAGGCUGGAAUCUAUGCCAACAUGGGCUACAGGACUGUGGUAAUGUACACGGAGAUCGGCUGCUUCGUGGUCUGCGUGGCCGGAUGGAUCCUGGUCUGUUCGACCAUGCCGACUGAGAUCUGGACUUGGUCAGAGGUGGGCAGCAUCGUCCUGACUACAUCUAACUAUUUCUCCAACUUGUGGAAGGACUGCAUUUCUGACUCCACAGGCGUGUCCGACUGCAAGGGAAUUCCAUCAAUGCUUGCUCUGAACUGGGACAUUCACAUGUGCCGAGCCCUCAUCAUCAUCUCCAUCAUAUUGUCUUUCUUUGGAUCGAUUUUGGUCUUAGUGGGAAUGAAGUGCACUAAGAUUGGGGGAUCGGAGAUCGCUAAUGCCAAAGUUACCUUUGCUGGAGGAAUGAACUAUCUUAUAGGAGGGAUGUGUGCCAUGGUGGCAUUCUCGUAUUAUGGCAAUAAAAUCCGAUCGGAGUUUGACGACCCCAACUAUGUAGAGCAGAAGUUUGAGAUAGGUGUUGGUGUCUUUAUCGGCUGGGGUGGCUCCACCUUACUGGUUACUGGAGGCCUGAUUUACAGUAUUUUAGCGGGCCGUGAAGCAUUCGAGUCCAGAACAGAGAAGUACCCUCAAUACCAAUUCCCUGGCUACACGUUUGUGCCAUCGAGGAAGAGUCUCACGUCCUUGGGUCGCACUGAGACGACCUACACCAGGCAGACCAGAUCCCCGGCAGACAGCAGAGCGAGCACCAUUUCUGAGAUCUCCAGCACCACCAAAACCACCAAGACGACAGGCACUAAUGCUUACGUGUGACUCUUCUUUAAAGCAGAUGCAUUUCUUUAUUAUUUGUUACAGU